GAGGUCUUGGGGAGAGGAGGGUGAUUGCGUAUCCUUAAGGCGGCGGCGAAGCUUCUGCUACAGGCUGCGAGUGGGAACCCGGGAGGAGCAGCGGGGCCGCCGGUGGCAACAGCGUUAGACAUGCUUUCCUACUUGAAGUCGCUGCCCACUCACAUGGACUAUAAGGGACAACAGUUAGCAGAACAAACUUUUCAACGAGUAAUAAUUGCAUCUGCUAUUAUUGGCUUCAUUUAUGGUUACAUAAUUGAGCAGUUCGGAUGGACUGUUUACAUAGUUCUGGCUGGUUUUGCCAUUUCGUGCUUGCUAACUCUCCCUCCAUGGCCUAUGUAUCGUAACCACCCAUUGAACUGGCAGCCAGCAGUAGAGCCUGAGGAGAAAAAGGCAACUGAGUGUGUCAAGAAACCUAAAAAGCAUAAAUAAUACUUUAUUCAGAGCACAUCCUUGUUUUUACUUUAUGGCUUAAUAAAGUUUGCUGAAUCAGAA